AUGCCUUUGGACCAUUUCGCAAAUUCGACUGUCGACGGUGUCACUACUUUUGAAAAUCGCUAUUGGAUAAACGCGACAUACUACGAGCCUGGCGGGCCAGUGUUCAUCUUCGAUUCUGGCGAACAAGAUGCUGCUCCUUUGGUUCCAUAUUAUCUGCAGGAAUAUCAUGGACUUUCGGCGACUAUGCGUCUUGCCAAACGAUACAAUGGUUUUGCGAUCCUUUGGGAACAUCGUUUUUACGGAGAUUCGCUACCCUUCCCUAUAAAUGAGAAUACCACAGCUCAGCAAUGGCAAUUUCUGACUACCGAGCAGGCCUUAGAGGACGUCGUAUUCUUCGCCGAUUCUUUCAGCAAAAACAGCAGCUCAGCUUCAGAAUUUUUGAUGAGCUCCGCUUCUGUCAAUUCCACUGCUAGUAUCAAUUUUCAUAGUCUACCUCUACAUCCCUCAGUGACUCCCUGGGUGUGGCUUGGCGGUUCUUAUCCCGGAGUCCGUGGUGCACUUUUGCGUCAACGCAACCCGGAAACGAUAUUCGCAGCAUGGGCCUCAUCAGCACCUGUACACGCUCAAGUAGACAUGUGGGCCUACUAUGCCGCUGCUCAGCGAAGCUUGACAACAAAUUGCUCAGCGGAUUGGGUAGCCGUUACUAGCUACGUUGAUAAUGUACUGCGAGGAACAAAUGCAACCCUUAUAGAGGAUCUGAAAUUUGACUUGCUCAAAGCUCGACUAAGUGGUCCUGGAGGAAAUACCAGCGGUGCCGAUGGCUUGACAAAACAGCAGGCGAAUAAAACCAGUGAUGUGGAUGCUGCCUCGAUCCUGAUGGACCCCCUCAACUUUUAUCAGUACUACGGCUUCGUCGACUCGAUUUUACCUUUCUGCAACCUUCUCGAGACCAAAAACUUCACCGCAGCUCCUGCGGAGAACGGUAUCGUGUCGAUUUCAGGAGUUGAAGAUGCCUUACAGGCUUUCCUCGCUGCUCUUGCAGAGCUCGAUUAUGAUUCUAUCCCUGGGUCUGCAGAUGACCCUGUUGCGGACAUGUCUUGGAUGAGGCAGUACUGCUCCGAAUACGGUUUCUACCAACGUGGCGACCCCGAUAACCCAUUAUCCAUUGAGACUUCCUUCCAGUCUUUAGAGCUGUUCCAGCAACAGUGUAACGAAGCCUUCUCUGAUCAUCUUCCGACCUGGCCUCAAGUAGGGAAUAUCAACAAAUAUGGCGGGUGGGAUAUGCAGCCUUCGAACAUUAUGUUUGCUAAUGGCGAAUUCGACCCAUGGCGAACGAUGGGUCUCGCAUCCAUUGAAUCAAAUGCUCCUCAGAGAAAACCUUCAGUCAUUGUUCCAGGGUGUGACGUCCCCUCAAACGCAACGACAUUCUUUGGCAUAACGUAUGACAACAUGGUGCACGUUUCGGAUAUGCGCGUGCUUUUGAUUCCAGACUCGAACCACACGGAUUUCAAGACAAUUGGAUUUUACAGUCCAGUGUCACAGGCACCUUUUUAUACAGGACUUGGACUUUUCCAGCUGGCAUUAGAUGAAUGGCUGCCUUGUUUCGCAGCCAAGUCCGCAAGGGUGUAG